AUGUCUAUUGUAGAAUUGAUACCAAUAGAAAAAGGCAAUCGUCUUAUACUUGAUGAAACUACUGUGACAACAAUAGGUCGUACACCAAAUAUUGGUUGUUUGGAUAAGAAAAUUUCUCGUAACCAUGCCGAAUUAUAUAUUAAAUCAGAUGGAACAGUAUGGAUAAAACCUAUUCAUCAUAAUCCAACAUUUUAUAGAACAAAAGAAAAUCAAUUAAUUACGUUGACAAAAGAUCAAGAAUUUCAAUUAAAUGAUAAUGAUGAAAUAGGUUUAUUACCAAAUGAAUAUUUUUAUCGUAUUUCAGUUAAACCAAAAGAUGAAGAAGAAGAAGAAAAAAGAGAAGAUUCAUCGGCAAUAUCAAAAUCACCAAUACAUGAAGAAGAAUCUUCACCAGUCAAAGAUUCAUCAGUGAACGAGAAUGAAUCUUCACCAAUUAAAGAAUCACCAGUAAAAGAGAAUGGAUCUUCAUCACCAGUACAUGAGGAUGAAUUUUCAUCAAUUGAAAAUCAUAAUGAAAAAACAACUCCUUCGAAACAUUCAAAUAUCGAACCAGAAGGUGGUGUAAUAUUACAUACAUCUCGUGCAUUACCAGUAUGGAUGUCUACACGUUCAGUGCCAGAAUCAAAAAAUGCUAAAGGACGAGGCAAGAGUAAAACAGUUCCUACUCCUACGAAAACUACUCCAACACCAUCACCAUCGAAAUAUCGAACAUACAUUGGACGAGAGAAAGUUAGUGAAAUCACGUACGAUGAUGAUGAUGAUGAAAAAUCGAAUGAUGUACCUUCUACUACGACAGCUACUUCAACAGAUCAAAAUAAUCAAACUUCAUCGGUAAUUGCUAAACCAGUUAAACGAGAACGUUGUCCAUAUGGCAAGUUUUGUUAUCGGAAAAAUCCAGCUCAUCGACAAGAAGCUAUUCAUCCUGGUGAUCCAGAUUGGGAUAAUAAAGAAAAUGAUACAGAUAAUACAAAACCUGAAUGUCCUUAUGGAAGUGAUUGUUAUCGAAAAAAUCCUGACCAUUUUAAUGAAUAUAGUCAUAAUAAACAACGAUCAUCAGUAAAUAUGUCUAAAAAAAGAACAUCGAAACGUAAAGGAAGUGAUGAAGAGGAAGAUGAUGAUGAUGAUGGAUUACCAAAUGAAUACGAUUACAAUGAUAGUUUUAUUGAUGAUGACAAUCUUGCAGAAAGUACACGUAUUGAUCGAGCAGAUAGUUCACAGAAAGAUCCUGAUAAUGAUUGGAAACCACAUAGAAAAGCUCGACAUUCGGAUGAUGACGAUGAAAGUAGUUCUACUGAUAAAAGUGAAAUCAAUCUAUUAAAUGAAGAAGCUGCUGAAUUUGUUCAAGGUUCAUCUGUUCAUGAUCAACGACCAGCUAAAAAGAAAGCACGUGUACAUAUGUCAGAUGAUGAUGAUGAUGAUUAA